AUGAAAAAGGCGAGACUUUUACGAACAGGCACGUACUUCAGCUUACCCCCCCCCCAACUACAAGAUUACCCGACUAAUGCAUCGCAGAAGAAAUUCACAUGCGAAUCGACCGGACAUACUGGGUUUACCUUCUUCGAGGCCAAAGAGAGUGAGGUACGCUCCACACCAGUGCUCGAAAAGGGCAGUCUUAUCGUAACAACGCCGCAGUCGGAGGCAUCAAAAGAGAUUAACAGCAUUCUCCCCGAGGCCUUGAGGUCUCGUAUCCUCGAAUAUGUCCAGUUCGACACCACAUCCCGCAUGGAUGAUUUGGUGAAUGAUGUGUUCGAUUAUUUUAGAGAGCAAUUCAUGGUUGGCGAUCGAGUCUCCAUCGAAGGCGACAACGCGCGACGAUACGGUCGGAUUACUGCCAUGACCGACACCAGCCGUUUGCACAAUAUGUUCGCUACUACACAGUCAAUGGACGACUCGGUCCGCUCCUACUCGUACGAAGUCACGCUGGACGACACCGAUGAGAAGGUUGUCAAGUACAGGGCCUCUGAGAUCCAGCGAGACAAGAGCUUCUACUCCAAGAUCAUUUUCAAGCAAUAUUUGCGUGAUUCUACCAGAAGGGGCGAGUACGUUGGGGACCCGUGGAUGGUGCUUGAACACUUGGCAAAACGCUACGGUAUUCCAACUGUCAUGCCGGACAAUCAAACCAGAGAAGCGAUCCUUGCUCGGCGGAGGGCCGCAAAUGGUAACGUCCAGAACGGUGCCAGCCCGCCGAUGCAGCAGACGCUACUCGAGCCUGUCAAGUAUCCGAUGGAAGAUCUGGAAAUUAGGCAACCACGAACCAUGCCAAUGCGGCCGACUCUCAAGUUCUUUUCUGACGACGUGCCUGAUGGUGUUGAAGAACCUGCAGAUGAGAAGAAAACUGGGAUUAAGAUGAAGAGUCUUGGCCCCCUUCUAUGUGCAUGGGAAACCCUAAACGUCCAUGAUACUGUAUACAUGCUCGACUCAUUCACAUUCGACGAUUUUGUGGAUGCUAUGCGCUUUGCUGAUGAAGAAAUUGAUUGCGAGCUAUUUGUCGAAGUUCACUGUUCAAUACUCAAGCAGAUCAUCAAUGGCUCUGGGAAGCUCCAGACACAUCUACCCAAGAUGGCUGAAUUGGAGGAGUCGGACGAGGAGGACUCAAGCAAAGAAGCCACGCCAGAGCCGGAACCACCGGUGCGGACGACGCGGAGUAGCUUGAGGAAGUCCGAGGCCCAACAACUCGUGAAGCCACGUACACCCACGCCUGAGCCCCCCAAAGAAACCCAUAGUGCAGAGAAGUUUCUUGAGGGAUUCAACUGGGUGGAACAGUGUAAAUUGCGCAACUUUCGAGAUGGCGGAUGGCAAUCCAUCGUUGUGGCGCUCUUGUACCGACUAUCUUUUGACCCCAUUCAGAAAGAGGCUUGCGAAGAAAUCCUUGCUCGAUUGGUACCGGCCGAUGAUGAACCCACCAUGGACACCAUCGCUCACAACUACUUACAUCUUGACGUAAAUCUUCGGAUCUCAGCAUUGGAUCUCAUUCUCAGGCUGACAGUCGCUACGGAAGCUUUCCGUGACCAGCUCAUUGCGGCCGCUCAGGAGAUGACGCGCUUGCGCAAAGAAAAGAUUGACUUUCAGAGAAAGCGAAAGGAAUUAGCCGAUGAACUAUUCAAGCUGGAUCUCGAACGAAAGAUCCACCUGCCUGCCAACACUCCAGCUUCACCAACUGAGACCAAGGAGAACGAAGAUGUCGACAUGUCCAUGACAAGUAUCGCUUCGGACGCCAAGGACACUACCGAUGCAGAUGGCGACGGUUCAGAGCUGCAUGCGGCCACCAAGUCCAGGCUUCGGCAGAGCAACAAGAACAAACGCAAGGCUGCUGCCGAGGAAGCACGGAAAGAGAAGGCGAAAAAGGCAAAGCAAGAAGCUGAGAAGACCAAGAAGCAGAAAGAAUGGGAAAAAUUACUCGACUCCAUAGAGAAGAAGAAAGACGAACUCAGAGAGUGCGAGGCCAAUAUCAAUGAGCUCGACGACGACCUCCGGGAGACUCUAGUGCAUCGAAGCAAGGUGCUUGGCAAGGACCGCUUCCUCAACAAGUACUAUUGGUUCGAACAUAACGGCAUGCCUUUCGGAGGAGUACCAAACAGCUCAACUGCCGAGUACGGCUAUGCUAAUGGUCGCAUCUGGGUACAAGGUCCUGACGAGUACGAGCUUCAGCCUGUUCUAGACGAGCCUGCUGUAUCGCAAGAUAGGCAAAGGUUCGGGUUUGAUAUUCCUCAACGCAAAAAGAAGGAAGAAGGCGACACCCAUCUUACCAAUUCGACUCAGUGGGCAUACUAUGACGAUCCUGAGGACAUCGACAAGCUUCUGGCCUGGUUAGAUGAGCGAGGCGUGCGUGAGCGGGCACUUCGCAAGGAACUUCAGAUAUUCAAAGACAGGAUUGCCGAAUACAUGCUGAUCAUGAAGAAGCAUUUGUCAGAACCGGACAAGGUCGAAGAAGAAGACGAUGAGAGUAACACUCGCAUAUCGACUCGAAACAAAACCUACGUCGAGAAGGAGACGAUCAAGGACCGCUGUCUACUCUGGACCAACAGCAUCAUGCGAGAGGAGAACGGCUACAACCAUUCUGAAGAAUAUGAACCUCCGAAGAAGGGCAAGGCAAAGCCUGUCAAGGCUGCAAAGGCCAAAGCCAAGCGUUAG